UAAUUUGCCGCACAGCAAAGGAAACACAAUUAAUUCCGCGAGAUCUGGACAUGAGGUUGCGAAAUUAAUUGGUUACCAGGAAACCCAGAGCCAGCGAAGAGGUCAUGCGGAGACAUUUAGCUAAACUCGCAGGGGAUUCUGAUCCCAUAGCGAGAGGUACGGUUAAAACAGUAAGAUGGGGCGGAGCUCAGGUUAAGACUCCCUCUGCACCAGCAAGGCAACAGAGGUCCGGAUCUAUUACAUCUGUAACUAGCGAUAUUUUCACUGAGGCUGAGGCGAAAGAUAGGUGGAAAAACGUUGGAAAGUGUAUAAUGAUGGUCAGCAAUGUAGCUUCGGAGUUUCAGAAACUCGAAGUAACCCGUAAGGAGAUAGAGAAGACACAGGAUCAGAUAAAAACAUAUCUUGAACACAAGUUUGAAGUUGAUCGGAAGUUCAUGUUCGACCCCUCAAUCUUUAAGCGACCCAAACAGGAGAUAUUCUUCUCUCGAGAUCUAGAAGAAGUGGGAAGGAACAGAAGGCUCAGAACCACAGCUCAGAUCAGAUCUCUCAGAUUAACCCUACGAGAGUGCAACUCUUUUGGAGCCUACCCUGAAUAUGUACAGACGGAGUUGUGUAGGGUGGGACUGUUAGAGAGAUAUGGGAGAGGGAGAGUUUUACUGAGAGAGGGACAUAUACCGGGCAGAGUCUACUUCAUCCUCUGUGGAACAGUGGUACUGACAAGGUUCAACAAAGAGCUAAAAGAGGAGGAAACUCAGCAGAUUCUCAAUAAAGGAGACAUUUUCGGGGACUCUGAAGUUCUAGAACAGACGAUGAGGACAGCAACUGUUACCACAGCUUUAGACGGCAUGUUCUGGAGUGUGGAUGGACAGGACUUCAAGAACUCGAUGACCAGGAACCUGGAAGACAUCUACAAAACACCCUGUCCUCUACACAACACCCACACCUGCAACUGUAACAAGUCACUCCGUCGAACUAGAACCAGGAACUCCUCCACCAUCAUAGAGGACGGAGUGAGCCAUACUAUCUCCACACGUGCUGACGGCGCGCCCUCUGCACGUGCAGCUAACACAACACGUCAUGGCUCCAUCUCCAUCUCAGCGCGUGACAUGGCUGCCACACCAAGAGGAUCUCUCGCUGAUAUCUCCAUGGCUCACAGAGGAUCUCUUGGGUUGAACACAAGGAGUGCUUCUAUGAGUGCUAUGACAGCUAGAUCAGCUAUUCAUUUGUUUCUAAGCUCUCUAAAAUGGUUUGAGGACGUCCCUACAGUCAAAUUCCUUGAAGAUCCGAAAGCAGCUACUUUAGUGUACUUCAGGAACAACAAGUGUAUAGUACAGAGCAGCUCCAACAACGAUCUCCUCUGUUUUGUACGUGGUGGCAAGUGUGACGUCAUAACACGCAUUACCAUAGAAACGAACGUGAGACCACCCUCAGCGGUGUCCUGUUUUAACACUGGCAUGAAAUAUCACGAUCAGAAACCAAGGAGGAUACGACCCGUUACCGGCAUUAUUCGUAACAGAGAAGACAGAAUAUCGAUCAUAUCCCGACCAAUAUCCGCACCCUGCAGAACCACAGCCCCCUCCACACCAAAACUAUUUACUCCCUGCAAGAUAGAGAUAGACUCUAGCUGUCUGGACGAUAUCACAGAAGGUGUGGAUAUAGGAACCUCAAAUCAGUGUUCCUCAAAACAGGGAUCAAACAAGAAGCCUAGACCAGGAACUGGGGUGUCAGAAAGCAAGAGAAGGUUACACAGCGCUAAAAGCACGUGCAGCGCUAAAAGUGUUAGUGCUAAUAGUGCUAAGAGCACAUACGGUGGUAAGAGCACGUGUACUAAAUCUAGACCCGGGACUGGGUCCACAGUUACUCGGGACAGGUACUCAACCAAGACUGCUCCUCCUUUAAGACAGGAGUUUCUAAAGGUGUGCACACUAGAAGAGGGUGAUGUGUAUGGAAUGACCUCCCUAUUUGUGAUAGAUGGUGAGCUGGAGACUAGUCUGGUUAGCAGAGGGUGCGAGUGUGUUAUCGUCAAGAAGGAUACUUUCCAGCUCCUGCUCAACAAGUCCUGCAAGGAUAAUAUCAGGGAGAAGAUCCUGUUUUACCCAUCAUACUCUGAGAUGAAGAAGAAGUUGCUCAAUCUCUACUCUUGGUCAACUUAUAAAGAUAACUUGCGGAUAAAAUCUGGGAGACAUAAACCAGGAUGAGCAGAGACACGGGCAGCCUCUUCGGUAGCACCUCCGGCGCAACUGACAACCUCAUCAGAUUGUUCAAAUUUUGAACGACUCUUUUUGUAAAGAUAUUGUGUAUUAUAAGUCUGCAAUGAAGAUUGAUUCGGGAAAAUUGGACUCAAUAUUUUGAUUGUAAAUUAUAACUUCUUUUAUCAUAUUUUAC